AUGACCACCUUAUGGGGACAUUUCUGUGUCCACACAGGAAGACAGCAGAUAAGUGGACUAGUGGAGAACGCCAUUAGUGGGAACUCCAUGGGUUCUCUCAUCUACCAGCCCUCAGGCGAUGGAGAGGCUAACAUGAUCCACAUGACCCUGCCUGUCAUUGCAACCAUAUAUUUGGACAAAACCAACCAGUGGGAAACUGUGGGCUUUGAGAAACGUAACGAAGCCCUCCAAUACAUCAAAACUGGCUAUAGCAACGAGCUUGCCUUCCGUAAAAAGGAUGGGUCUUUUGCUGUGUUUACCAGUCGCCCAAGUAGCACCUGGCUGACAGCUUAUGUUGCUAAGGUUUUUGCCAUGGCCAGAGAUCUGAUGGCAGUGGAAAACUACGUCAUCUGUGACGCUGUCAAGUUUCUGAUUCUAAAUGCACAGCAACCUGAUGGCAUAUUUAGAGAAGUUGGACGUGUGUACCAUGGAGAGAUGAUGGGUGAUGUGCAGGGCUUAGAUUCAGAUGCCUCCCUGACGGCCUUCUGCCUCAUUGCCAUGCAGGAGUCACGCAUGAUUUGUGCUGCCAGUAUUACUAGUCUGCAAGGCAGUAUAGACAGAGCAGUGGCGUACCUGGAGACGCGUCUGCCCCGUCUCACCAACCCAUAUGCUGUUGCCAUGACAUCAUAUGCCCGGGCCAAUGAAAACAAACUGAACCGGGAGAUCCUGUACAACUUCGUAUCCCCAGAGUUGUCCUUCUGGCCAAUACCUAAAGGACGUGUUUACACACUGGAGGCCACAGCUUACGCUCUACUAGCUCUGGUCAAAGCUGAGGCCGCUGUCCGGGACACUAUAGUUUCUGGUUAUCAGAUAAAAUCCAGCGCCGCUGUGUCCUCAUACAGGCAAAGCAGAGGCGCUAAAAGAGGCAGCUGCCUAUCGGGAGCGUCUGUCUUAUUGGCGAUUGAACCUCAACUAUGA